GAGACCAUCUUCGGCAAUUCCUUCAAAUUCCAGAAGCUUUUUUUUUCUGUAUGAAGAAUCAUGCGUCGAUCUAAAUGUGUGGCAAGUAUGGCCAUUGGUUUCACAUAUGAUCUCCUCAUAUAGUACCGCUUCCCUCAUCCUUCCUGGAACCUAUUUCUCUCUCUCUCUGUGUACCACCGGUGACCAGUUGGCCGCUACAGUCUGAAAACAAUCUCAACGUCGCAAUACGGCUUAUCUUGUCUCGCCUCUGUCUUAGAUCAAAUGUCAACUUCUAUUUUGUGUCCGUCUUGGACCGAAAACAACCAAAGUCAAACACCGUGCGAGGUGGUCCAGGAGGUGGACAACGCGUGCUCAUAUACAUGCGCUACCAUCUCCCCUCCCUCUUUUGAAGAAGCGUCCAUUCCAGCUGGCUCAAACGUGACUGCUUGCACAUGUUCCUGGGCUAGUUACAACUUGUUUAGCGCCUGUAUGUUCUGUGCUUCUUCGUCGCCUUUACUAGUGAGUUGGGAUGAGUGGAUAGCUAAUUGCCCCACAAACCUGACGUCGACAACAACAUACUUCCCCUCGUAUGCGGGAGUGACACUGCCUUCCAAUACCUCGAUACCUUGUUACGCGGGCUAUGAUCGUACGUGUUGAACCGCUUAUCACUAAGCUACCUUUCAUGGGGAC